AUGAAGCUAGUUCGGGGCUCACCUGCACCAAUUAAUCCAGACACAGCGAGAAAGGCGACUGUCAAAGACCAGUCGACUUCGGGAUACGGCCUCACAGGCCCAGGUUACCAAAAGCCAAAAGCCUCUCCAUCCCAGCCUUCCGAGUCGAAAAUUGUUCGAUUGAAGCUCACAAGACCAAGGCCGCCGAAAUCCAAUCCCCAAGAAGUGGAUUGGGAUGAAGAUCUUCGUCCUACACCCAAUGAGAUAGUGGAGAACAAAUGGACCCAUGGAGGAACCUCUGUUGCCCAUACAGACCCGAGUCGACCGAAGACAGUAAGCAAAAAUAUGGGAGGCAAGCGAGCGAUGCCAUCAAAGCCACAGACAACCUCGGUCAAACGCCGGAAAUCGAACACGAGGAAGAGCACUACUACCAAAGAGGGCAGCACUGGAGGACCGCAAUUGCCAUUGAUAACGCUUCCUGAAAGCACUCUUCCUCCUGCCGUCCUUUUGGGUACUAUUGGGCCUUCUGAUAUUGGUCCCCUGGACGGGCAAACCAAAGACACAAGGCGCAAUGGACGUGAGCCCGAAGCUUCGUAUCAACCUUCGCCACCGACAGAUGGACACAACAAGCAUGGAAAUGACGGCGAGGGACCUGCGAUCGUCGACAUAAGAAGCUGCAAAUCAGUGACAACAGAUUCAUCCUCAGAUUUAGAAGAUCGUGGCAAAGGGCCAUCCCGCACCUCAAAAGUCAGCAUCCUAGAGCAUCGUGCACAGUCCAAUGGGCAAACAAAUAAAGGCAAAGCUGCUCAUGUGAUGCCCGAGGUACCCUCAAGUUCCGAUGUCGAUCUUAAAGCACAGUCUCGUACGAGUACUUCAAAGGUCACUAUCUUGGAGUCAAGGGCACUUCCAAAGGGACAAAACAGCCAGACCAAGGCGGUUCAUGAAAAGAGUCGUCUCAAACAUCGUGGCCGAGCAGAGAGUGUUGGAAACAAGCUGAUGCUUGCGCUCCACGGAGCAGGGCCUUCUUCGCGGGAACCAGGCAAUGAUCAAAGUGCACCUCUCAUCAUCUCAUCUGACCCAGUGCAACCCGAGGAAUCUCCCAAAAAGCAGUCUGAAAAAAUGCCGGCCGACACAGUGUUGGAACCCUCAAAGACUGAAACCGCACUGGAGAGAACAAGUCCAAUUGAAAUGCACCAAAACCAAAUUGAGCCCAAGACCGUCAAUCCAGCAUUUAUUGCCAAAACAAUUCUGCCCAAGGAAGAGCAGAUAGAACAAGCAGAUGAUGCAACCUUCUGGAAGACCCUGGACCCUGAUAGUUUGUCCACUACAGCAAGCUCUUCAGAAUAUGAAAUCGGCAGAGGCUUGAUGGAUGGCGGCCCUUCGAUCCUUGAUUACCACAUGGAAAUGGAACAUAUCCCCGGAUUUGCAACCUUGCAGCCCAUGAGAUCCGCACCGACCACCUCUUCACAUGCCACCAACAUCUGCGAAAGCCAGGUGGAUAGCUCGGAUAUUUCGAAUGUAGGAAAAUUCGAUGAUCUCACGGCAGAAAGGAUUGAGCGGCGUGGGUUUGGCCAUACUCCAGAGUCUCAAAAGCGUCUUCUCACCAAUGAAUCCCCAAUGGAACUGAAAUCACCGUCUCCCCAGCCUCCGAAAUCAGCCCCAAAGACCAGCAUUGUCGACAGCAACGGUAGUCCUCGACUCAUGCCUCAGUCAGCCAAGAGCAUGGCUGCGCCUCAACUUGACCUAGAUGGUGAAAAUAAGCAGGAAGAGACAACCAAUGCCACUGACACCAGUCCGAGUGAAUAUGAUCGAAGCUCGCGUAGUAUAUCCACCGAGAGUAAACAUGAGGGGCUCAUGUGGACCAAGUACCAGAGAGACAUGUUCCUGGAAUAUGGGAUCCAGACGGAAAACUUGGCCAGAUCUUACCCGUGGUCGCAGCAUAAGCAGCAUCAGCCAUCAUUUUCUCAGGAGGAUCCCGCUGAUGGGGUAAAUUCCGAAAAAUCAUCGACAAAUGGACCAAGUUCUUCACAGCGAACGAUCGAUGAGAGACCAUUAGGCGAUGCUCCUUUAAAGAAUGAUGGAUGCCUUGACCAAUCGUUCCGAACAGAUAUAUCGGGGUCACCACAGCCGGCUGCUAAAUUGCACCAAUCCUCUACGGUGGGCGAUCAUGAUAAUAUGGAAUGGAUAUCCACUUUGCAAGUGGCGCAGAAGGACGCCCACCACCUACUUCAACAAACCAAUUCGCAUUUGUCUACUCAGCUGGCGGCAGAAAAGGCCACUAUCAGUCGAGUCUUGGAGAUCUACCGAGAAGGGUGUACUCGGAUCCUUGACGACCUGUUCCAGGCGCAAGAAGCACGAAUGCAGCUAUACCAGCAACAAAUGCAAUCUGUCAAGGAACAGCACGCGGAUAUAUGUCAAGAUCUGGUUCUUGGAUUGCAGGAGCUUGACCGUCGGUUCUUCAUUGAUAACCCUAAUGUGGGCAACCACAAUCAUUUGGAAGAUUCUCGCAUUCUCGGCUACAACCCUCUCACCCCUCCCAAUCUCCUUCAACAUGAGAUCGCAUUGACCGAGAAGUCACGACAGACCGUACUCGAGGGCCGUAAUGAAGCCGUCGAGAUUGUCCAUGGCACAGAUACCCAGCGCCAGCGUUUGAUGGUAGUGAUCGGACCAUGCUCCAUCCACGACCCCGAAAUGGCCCUCGAAUACUGCGAUCGCCUAAUGAAGAUGAAGGAGAAGUAUGUCGAUGACCUUCUGAUCGUGAUGCGCUCGUACCUCGAGAAGCCACGCACAACCGUCGGCUGGAAGGGCCUGAUCAACGACCCGGAUAUCGACAACAGCUUCAAGAUCAACAAGGGUCUCCGCAUAUCGCGCCAGCUGUUCGUCGACCUGACCAACAAGGGCAUGCCCAUCGCCAGCGAAAUGCUCGACACAAUCUCCCCCCAGUUCCUGGCUGAUUGUUUGUCCGUCGGUGCUGUCGGUGCACGCACCACUGAGUCCCAGGUCCACCGUGAGCUUUCCUCCGGUCUGUCCUUCCCCGUCGGAUUCAAGAACGGCACCGAUGGCUCCCUUGAUGUCGCUGUUGAUGCUAUUGGCUCUGUCAAGCACCCCCACCACUUCCUGUCCGUCACAAAGCCCGGUGUUGUCUCCAUUGUCGGAACUGGCACCAACUACGAUGCCGUUAGCAUCGCGGAUGCCAAGUCUAAGCUUAUUGCCAAGGGCAUGCGUCCCCGUCUUAUGGUUGACUGUAGCCACGGUAACUCCGAGAAGAACCACAAGAACCAGCCCAAGGUUGCUGCUGUGGUUGCUGAGCAGCUUGCUGCCGGCGAGGAUGCUAUUAUGGGUGUUAUGAUUGAGAGUAACAUCAAUGAGGGCAACCAGAAGGUCCCCGCAGAGGGCAAGGCCGGCCUCAAUUACGGUGUCAGUAUCACGGAUGCUUGCAUCAACUGGGAGGAUACCGAGUCAGUUUUGGAGACUCUGGCUCAAGGUGUUCGUGCUCGUCGCGAGAAAUCGGAGACGAAAUAA